GGUGACGUGGAUGGAUAAUUGCUUGUGGUGUGAGAACACCUUCGAUUAUUACGCAACCCGACCAAUUCGACGAAUCUGAUACAUUACUCAUUUCUUCUUCUUCUUCUUCUUCUUCUUCUUCUACAACACAAGAUUCUUUCUCUUCCAAUCAUUUGCUAAACUUUUCUGAAAAUACAAAAAAUAAGGAAGGAAUCAUGAGUAGUCACAGAGCUGGAACGUUGGUGGUUCUUCUCUUGUUGGGUUUGAUCUUGGUUUCUGACGCUAGAUCUUUCGUUGACUCCACCACCACCCUCUCAGAGCAAGUUUCCAACAAGGAAGAGGUUUGCACUCUAUGUGAGGAAUAUGUUACUGAUGCUCUCACCUACCUUGAGAAAAAUGUCACACAAGCCGAAAUCAUUGACGAUCUUCACGAACGUUGUUCCCAAUUGCGUGGAUUUGCGAAGCAGCAGUGCAUAACUUUGGUUGAUUACUAUGUUCCUCUCUUCUUCUUACAACUGAAGUCGUUUCAACCUCACUAUUUCUGCAAGAGGUUGAAUCUUUGUGGCAAAGUGGUUGCUCUUGUUGAAGAUGUCCGUCAGGACAGUUGCGGUGUUUGCCACAGGACUGUUUCUGAGAUUCUCAUCAAACUUCAAGAUCCUGACACACAGCUGGAUAUCGUUGAACUGCUUCUCAAGGGAUGCAAAUCGUUCAAGAACUACGAGAAGAAGUGCAAGACGUUGGUGUUCGAGUAUGGACCUCUGAUCCUAGUAAAUGCAGAGGAAUUCCUAGUGAAAAACGACAUCUGCACACUCUUGCGCGCGUGUCCAGCUGAGACAUCGGUUCUAAGGCAGCCAGUGUUGGCGGAUUCUUGAAUGUUAGAACGAUGCCAUAAUAGGAUUUACACACGAGCUGCUUCAUAAGAAUUGUUGUAGACUUGGUACUGUCUAUAUGUAUUGAUGGAUUCAAAACACAACCUCGAACAUGUCUCUUUGCAUUUGUGAAUAUAUAAGAAUUUGUAACUCUACCAUGAUAAUAUGUUUGUAUUCUAUCCUUUUUUCUCUAAUACAGGUUUGGCAAACUGAAUA